UCCGGCCCGGCGGGCGCUCGGCCCCGGCCCGGCCCGCGCACUGGGGCGGGGGAUGCGCGCUGGACGCGCCGGACCCACACCCUGGACCCCGCCGGACCCGACCCCGCCGGGGGCCCGCUCCCCAUCAGCCCGCUCGCGCCGCACGAGCCGAGUCCCGCAGGUCAGAGUGGGCACUGAGCCACACAGCCAUGCUAGGCCCCAGGCAGCUGGGAGUGAGUCCCAGCCCGGCACCCACAUAAUCAUGAACAGCCACAGCCUCAACGGCUGCGGGGGGCGACCCCCAGGCAGCGGGCCAGGCGUCUCAGGCCGAGAUGCCCCAGAGCCCGAGUCCGGCCGCCCCCCACAGACCCCAGCUGGCCCCAGCCUCCAGGUGAUAGUGUCCAAGAGCAGCGGUGGGGGACGACCCCAGGAACAGGAGGACGAGGAGGAGGAGGAGGAAGAAGACGAGGAGGAGGAGGAGGAGGAGGAGGAGGAGGAGGAUGAGGACGAGGAGGGCGGGCCUGGGGACUCCACCCCUGGCCACCGCCUGGGCCACCGUCGGCUGCUCUUUGAAAAGCGGAAGCGCCUCAGUGACUACGCACUCAUCUUCGGCAUGUUCGGCAUUGUGGCCAUGGUGACCGAGGCCGAGCUGUCCUGGGGCGUCUAUGCCAAGGGGUCACUGUGCUCAGUGGCACUGAAGUCCCUCAUCAGCCUGUCCACGCUCAUCCUGCUGGGCCUCGUCAUACUCUACCACGCCCGGGAGAUCCAGCUUUUCAUGGUGGACAACGGUGCCGCCGACUGGCGGGUGGCCAUGACGCGGGAGCGGGUGCUGCUCAUCUCUCUGGAGCUGGCCGUGUGCGCCAUCCACCCGCUGCCCGGCCAGCACCUGGGCUGGGCAGCGCGCCUGGCGGUCAGCUACGCGCCCGCGGCGGCCGAGGCGGAUGCCGACGUGCUGCUGUCGGUGCCCAUGUUCCUGCGCCUGUACCUGCUGGGCCGCGUGCUGCUGCUGCACAGCAAGGCCUUCACCGACGCGUCCAGCCGCAGCAUCGGCGCGCUCAACAAGGUCACCUUCAACACGCGCUUCGUCAUGAAGACGCUCAUGACCGUGUGCCCCGGCACCGUGCUGCUCGUCUGCAGCCUGUCGUCCUGGGUGCUCGCCGCCUGGACUGUGCGCGUGUGCGAGAGGUACCAGGACAAGCCGGAAGUGGCCGGCAGCUUCCUGAGCGCCAUGUGGCUGAUCUCCAUCACCUUCCUGUCCAUCGGCUAUGGGGACAUGGUGCCCCACAGCUACUGCGGCAAGGCCGUGUGCCUGCUCACCGGCAUCAUGGGGGCCGGCUGCACGGCGCUGGUGGUGGCCGUGGUGGCCCGGAAGCUGGAGCUCACCAAGGCCGAGAAGCAUGUGCACAAUUUCAUGAUGGACACUCAGCUCAGCAAGCGGGUGAGGAACGCUGCAGCCAAUGUGCUCAGGGAGACAUGGCUCAUCUACAAACACACCAGGCUGGUGAGGAGGCCAGACCGCAGCCGGGUUCGGGGGCACCAGCGUAAGUUCCUCCAGGCCAUCCAUCAAGCUCAAAAACUUCGAAGUGUGAAGAUUGAGCAGGGGAAGCUGAAUGACCAGGCCAAUGCGCUCGCUGACCUGGCCAAGACACAGAAUGUCAUGUAUGACCUCAUGGCGGAGCUGCAGGCCCAGCACGAGGAGCUGGAGGCCCGCCUGGCGGCCCUGGAGGCACGACUGGACGCUCUCGGCACGGCCCUGCAGGCGCUGCCCAGGGGCAUCGCUCAAGCCAUACACGCACCCCGGCCCGGACCCCACCGCUGGGCAUCCGGAAGCGCCCUCAGCCCAUGGCCUCCUGUGCCCACCUGGGACUGCGGGUGACGAUGCGUCCACUGCGUCCACCCAUGGACCCCCUGAUCUUGGCCAUUGUGUGGCCCCCCGACCUCCAUGGCUGCCGGAUGCUCCUGAACUCUGGUGCUUCUUGGGGUCCAAGAAGCCACAGCUGGGUUGGGCUGAAUGGUCUGGGGCCGGCCCCCCAAGACUGCCGGGGCGAAGGGCAGGGGUGAGCCCGGAGCUUCCUCUGGUCCCCACCCCCCAGCUCUCCCCCAGCCCCUGGUGGGCAGGGGGCAUGCAGGGCUAGAGGGGUCCCAGCUGGUUCUCAAUAAAGCAGGACCCACACACUG